AUGGAGGUCUCGAAGACAAGAAAAUUUUUCAAAACUAUUUCAAAACCAUUUCGGAUGAUCGGAAAAUUAUUCCGAAAGAAAUCAAAGAAAGAUUUCGAAGAAAUUGAAAAAUACGAACCGGUGAAAGAGGAAACUCCUAAAGUUCCUGAAAUGAAUGAGAUUAUGGCUGAAGAAGGGAGAGUUGCAAUUGCUAAUGUUCCUAAACAGGAAACACAACAGCAAACCAACCAGCCAACUAUCAUUCCCUCCCAAGUGGAGAAGAAUGAAAAGUCUCAAGAAUUUAAGAUUCAGGUUCGCAUAAUAGAAGGACGCCAUCUGACUGGCAACAAUAUCAAGCCAGUUGUGAAGGUUAAAAUUGGACACCAGGCUCAGCACACAAGAAUAGGGACUGGCAACAAUCCUUAUUUUAACCAGAUGCUGACCUAUGACAUGCAUCGAUCACUUUCAGAUCUGCAUAUGGAACCUAUAACCAUUCAGGCACUAAGGUCUCGUGCGUUUAGAGCAGACAGCCUGAUUGGUGAAUUUAAGCAUAUGGCCCCAAAAAGCACACAUUUAUCUCUCUUGAUACUGGAGUUGUCUGCCACAGCUCGAUGA